UACUAUACCUACCCCACAAAUGCACAAGUAUUUAAAUAUGUAUACUUAGAGUACAACAAUAAAUCAACCUUGGUAAGAGCAUGCGCGAACCACGGAGGUGAAUUCAUCGGGGAUGAAUUUUGCAGCACCUGUUGUGUUCCCAUUGUGUCGUACAAUGUUUUCAGUCUAUUAAAUUAAUAAAAUAUAUUGAUAUUCCAACAUUUAGUACAAAAUUUAAUAUUAAAUAUCUUGUAAAUUAUAAACUGCCUACUCUUAAAAUCAUAUAUAUCAGCAUUAGGUUAAAUUGUUAAUGAAGAUCUACCCUCGUGAUAAUUCAUUAUAAGAAUGCCUCCAAGUUCAAAUUUAAAAAAAUGGAUCACAGGAUUCGGUGCAAUAGGUGGUGCAAUGCUUUUAUAUCCAAACGAUAAUCAUAAUUCAUGGAUAACACCUCCUUUAUGGCAAAACAAAUGGGAUCAUAAUUGGGAUAGGCGACAUUCAGAAUGGUCAAAAAUGACAAAACGGGAUGUAGAAUCUGAUAAACAAAUACAUGGAGAGAAAUUAGUAAAGAAAAAUGCAGAUAUCAAAUAUAACAUAAUUUUAGUUCGUCAUGGGCAAUAUAAUACAGAAGGCAAAACAGAUUUAGAUAGAACACUUACAACUCUUGGUAGGCAACAAGCUGAAGCCACAGGAAAAAGAUUACAAGAAUUAAAACUGCCAUAUGAUUUAAUUGUACAAUCAACAAUAGUUCGAGCUAAGGAAACAGCACAGAUUAUAAAAAAGUAUCUUAGAGAUGUAACAGUUAAAGAAGAUUCAGGUCUUACAGAGGGUAUGCCAAUUCCACCUGAUCCCCCAAUUAAUUUUUGGAAGUCUGAUGUAAAUUUUUAUGAAGAUGGACCUAGAAUAGAAGCUGCAUUUAGGAAAUACUUUCAUCGUCCGGAUCCUAAUCAAAAGAAAGAUUCUUACAUUAUUCUUGUUUGCCAUGCAAAUGUUAUUAGAUAUUUUGUAUGCCGAGCAUUGCAGUUUCCACCUCAGGGUUGGUUACGUCUUAGUUUGAAUCACGCGAGUAUUACAUGGAUAUCUAUUCGUUCUAAUGGGAGAGUAACGUUAAGGAAUUUAGGUAAUAGUGGACACAUGAAACCAUAUCUUAUUUCAUCUCAUUAAAUUAAAAAAUAUAAUUGUAAUAUUCACAGUAUCGCAUAAAAGAAAAAUAUACAUUUAGCUGUUGACAAACAUUAACAAAAGUAUAUAAUAAAGAUAAUUUCUUGCA